AUGUUCAUAAAGACCGAAAUGCCCAUACAAUUGUCAAAUCUACAGAAAAUUGGCCUUGGCCUGACCAUAUUCGGAGUUGGUUUUAUUUUUCUUGGCAUGAUAUUUUUAUUCGAUAAAGGUUUACUUGUCGUUGGAAAUAUUUUAUUCCUCUGUGGUCUUUCUAUGAUUAUUGGUCUUGAACGAACAGUUCGUUUUUUCUUUCAAAGUUAUAAAGCCAAAGCUACAGCCUUUUUCUUUGGUGGAUUUCUGCUUGUUCUAUUCGGUUGGCCAUUGAUCGGCAUGAUUAUUGAAUUCUAUGGAUUUUUUCUUUUGUUCGGAGGUUUUAUACCGGUUGUUAUUAAUUUUCUUCGACGUCUUCCAAUCAUAGGCUCAAUAUUAUUGCUACCUGGUCUUCGACAAAUUAUGGACAAAUUAUCCGAGAGCAGAUCAAUCGUAUAA